CUUAUAAGAGCCUCAUACACACACACACUCUCUCAAUUCACUCAACACUCAAAACAAAAACCUUGAAGCCUGUUAAUUUCUCACGAAAAUGGAAAACUUUUUUGUGCCAUUUUUAAAAAAAAACCCCAACCCAUCAAUCACCACUACUGGUGGCAGUGGCUCAUCUUCAUCAAACCAAACAAGCCUUGUACAACCAAGCACAUAUCCUCAAAAUUUCCCUUACAAUACUAGUGAAAAACUUAACUUUCCAGAACAACCUUAUUUCAUUCCUUUGUAUCCCUUUCCAACAGGACAAGUUAGCUUUUCUAAUCAACCCUAUGGAAUGCCAAAUUCGGAACUUCAAGGUUCGAGGGCAUGCAUGACCAAAGCUACAAGGGAGAGAUGGAGACAAGUAAGACAAAGGAGUAAAAAUUCUACUCCUGUCGCUCCUAAUUCAGUUCUAGAAAGGACAACAAGGGAACAAUUUGUUCCUAAUGGAGGGUCAAAUGUGAGGAUCACAGUCAAACAACACAAUGCAACCAAGUUUUUUAACACCCCAAACGGGAAGAAGCUAGAAGAAAUUUUGACAAAGAAGUUGAAUAAUAGUGAUGUUGGCGUCCUAGGCCGCAUUGUGCUCCCAAAGAGAGAGGCUGAGGAUAAGCUUCCGACACUGUGGAAGAAGGAAGGAAUCAAUAUUGUACUAAAGGAUGUAUAUUCUGAGAUUGAAUGGAGCAUCAAAUACAAGUAA